AUGAUGACAGUGACCACGGCAACAACGGCGACAGCAACCACAACCACAACCAAUGAAAGUAGCAGGGCCUCCCACGAGUACCCGGCUAGCCAACCUUCGAAAACUUCAUCGACGACGACAAUUACAUGUCGGAAUGGGAGGACCCUCCCUCAGAUCAGUCCUGGCUGCCGGCAGACCACUUCUCAGACCCUAACCGCGCCCGCCCCGACCCUCAAGGAAGAGACAAAGGAGAAGGCAAAGGCCAAGGCCAGCCCCAUGAUGAACAAUCAACAGGCUGGGCACCCAUUCCGGCCAAGCGUGCAAGGAAUCAGCCCGGCGGCCACUUCAGAAAGGAGAGCAGGCAAGCAGACCGCUUCAGCUACAGCUGCCGAGCCGCCGGCCCCGCGUCAUCGAAGCGACCGAGGGAGAGAGUUGGAGCCAGUGGAGGAAGAGCCUGAGAAAGAUAUCAAGCGGGAGCUGCAGGAGGGCGACGACUUACUCAUUAAGAUCCAGAGUAGCAGAGAUGAGGGCCCGCCGGGGAACGACGAAGACGGUCAGUGA